CACACACCGGUCACUACAACACCAUCGAUCUCUCUCACCUUGCAACUCUCUCUGGACAAGCCGGUGCAAGACCUGAGCAACGGCGAUGGCUUUCAGUUUUAGCUCUAGGGCUUGCGUGCUGGUGCUGCUUCUUGGGCUCUGCGUUGGCGUGCCGGCGUUGGCGGCGGCGGGGAGGAUCGACGACGGCCUGGAGGUGACGUGGGGCAACGGACGCGGUAGCGUCUCUCCCGACGGCCAGGUCCUGACGCUGUCGCUGGACCACACCUCCGGCUCGGGGUUCCGCUGCAAGGACACGUACCUCUUCGCGCGCGUCGACCUGCAGAUCAAGCUCAUCCCCAACAACUCCGCGGGCACGGUCACCACUUGCUACUUCAUGUCGGAGGGGCCAUGGGAGGUCCACGACGAGAUCGACCUCGAGUUCCUGGGCAACGUGACCGGCCAGCCGUACACGCUCCACACCAACGUCUUCGCCAACGGCACCGGCGGCAAAGAGCAGCAGUUCCACCUCUGGUUCGACCCGACCACCGACUUCCACACCUACUCCAUCGAGUGGACUGAGCAGCACGUCGUCGUGCUCGUGGACGGGACGCCGAUCCGGGAGUUCAAGAACCACGCGGGCCAGGGCGUGCCGUACCCGUCGUCGCAGCGGAUGCGGCUGUACGGGAGCCUGUGGGACGCCGAGGACUGGGCCACGCAGGGCGGCCUCGUCAAGACGGACUGGUCGCAGGCGCCGUUCGUGGCGCAGUACCGCAACUUCACCGCCGCGGACGCCUCGCCGGCGGCGGCCGUGGGGUCCGGGUACGGCCAGGCGAUGGACGCGACGGCGCAGCAGGCGAUGAAGUGGGCGCGGGACAACUACAUGGUGUACGACUACUGCACGGACACCAAGAGGUUCCCGCAGGGCUACCCGCCCGAGUGCUACAUGGCGUAGAGACCAACCAAACGUCGAUGCGCUUUGAUUGCAAAGUCGAUUAGAGUCGUAGGACAGAUUAUACGUAUAGCAUUGGCCUCUUUCAUUUUUAUACCGAUCCAUUCUUUUAUGUAACAGAACAUAUAUACAUGUGUAUGUAAUACUGUUGCUCAUUUGAUUGCACAAGAUUCGUGAAA